AUGAAUACGUUGGAUAUUUCCAACCGUUACGCUUGUUCACGAUGCGAUAAAACCUUUAGUAGGAAGUAUGAUAUGCAGAGGCAUGAACAAAAUGAGCAUGAUACUGGAGAAGAAACGAGUGAAGAUGAAGACUCCGACCCACCCUCUCAAAUGCAAAGAGUUGAAGAAUCCAACGAUGAUUCCGAAACGAGCGUAUCAGAAAGCGAUGGACACGAAUCGUCACUGACAGCAAACAUGGAAGAAACUGAAGACAACCUCGCUUAUCGCGGAUGGUUGGAGCAAGCCAUGACGGCCACCAAGGACUUGAGAGACGAAAAAUAUCAGAAAUACAUCUCAGAAGGAAUGGAAGAGGAAGACGCUAAAGAAAAGGCUCACGUGAAACUAAUGAAGUAUGAUAUGCAGAGGCAUGAACAAAAUGAGCAUGAUACUGGAGAAGAAACGAGUGAAGAUGAAGACUCCGACCCACCCUCUCAAAUGCAAAGAGUUGAAGAAUCCAACGAUGAUUCCGAAACGAGCGUAUCAGAAAGCGAUGGACACGAAUCGUCACUGACAGCAAACAUGGAAGAAACUGAAGACAACCUCGCUUAUCGCGGAUGGUUGGAGCAAGCCAUGACGGCCACCAAGGACUUGAGAGACGAAAAAUAUCAGAAAUACAUCUCAGAAGGAAUGGAAGAGGAAGACGCUAAAGAAAAGGCUCACGUGCUUAUGUAG